AUGGCUGGGGAUGAUGUUCCACCUCCACCGCCACCUCCUUUCACAGAAAUUAAACCAAAUUCACCAUUUUACCUUGGGUCGCAAGAUCGACCUGGGGAUUUUAUUACCCCUACACGACUCAAAACUGAUAACUAUGACGAUUGGGCUGCGGAUAUGCAGACUGCGUUGGAGGCUCGACGAAAAUUCGGCUUCUUGGAUGGCUCGAUCUUAGCCCCUGUACAUCCGUGCACUCAAUCAGAUUGGACGGCCAUCAACGCAAUGUUAAUUUCUUGGAUUACCAAUACCAUCGAUCCAGAGGUAAGGUCGUCCCUUUCUAAAUUUCGUGAGGCUAGACUUUUAUGGCAGCACCUCAAGCAACGUUUUGCUCAAACCAAUGGCCCUAGAAUUCAACAAUUAAAAUCAUCGAUUGCUAAGUGUGAACAAACUAGAUCGAUGUAUGUUUCUGUUUAUUAUAGUAAAUUGCAUGCUUUAUGGCAAGAAUUAGAUCACCAUGAACCUUUAAUUUCUUGUUCUUGCUGUUCGAAGUGUACGGCUGGGCAAUUGCAUGAAGCUAGGCGUGAACAAGCUAAAUUACAUGAUUUUUUAAUGGGUCUUUAUUCUGAUUUUUAUGCCUCUUUGCGUACAAAUAUUUUGUCUCAAGAUCCCCUCCCUAGUCUAGAUAGAGCAUAUCAAUUGGUGGUACAAGAUGAAAGAGUGCGUACGGCAAAGCUAGAGCAUGAACAAAAGCCUCCUGAUGCUCUCGGCUUUGCUAUACGAACAGGGGCAGGCAGGGGAGCUUCAGACCGUGGCCGUGAUGGUGGUACAGUGUGUGGUAAAUGCAAGAAAAUUGGUCAUGAGACUUCUAAUUGUUGGUCUGACAAGACUUGCAAUUAUUGUAAGAAGAAGGGUCACAUUGAGAGCAAGUGUUAUGAUCUUCAUGGUCGGCCCUCAUCGAUUGAUAAUGGUCAGGGGGGAGUGUUUUCAAGUGAACAGUGGAAGGCUAUUACGGGUUUGUUCAGUAAUGCUAAUGUUCCCGAACAUCGCUUGAAUGGUAAGUUUGAUGUUACCUCUUGGAUUAUUGACAUAAGGGCAACACAUCAUGUGACCGGAGAUGAAUCUUGGUUGUUUGAUACAAAGAGUUUUGAAUGUCCCGUUGGUCUACCCAACGGGGACACUGUUCUGGCUUCUUUGGUUGGUUCUGUUCGUUUGUCGGACAAGCUCACUUUAACUGGAGUUCUUUUUGUUCCUAAUUUGAGUUGUAAUCUGCUUUCUGUUUCACAAAUAACAGAUGAACUUAAUUGCAUUGUCCAAUUUAACCCUUAUAUGUGUGCUAUACAGGACCAAACGAAGGAGCUGAUUGGAACGGGAGCUAGGAGAGACGGACUAUACUAUUUUAGCAAAUCGGAUUCGGUGCAUCAUGUCGGUGUUGACAAAGAAAUUUCAAGCUUGGAGUUGUGGCAUCGUCGCAUGGGUCACUAG